UCCGGGUGAUGUAGUAACUUCCGGCUGUCACAAGUCCGAGUCCCUAGCGCUCAGGUUUAAAGUUGAUUAUUUAUUUUUGUAUUUAAAAACGCAAUACAAUUAAAGAAAGCUUCGUGACUUCCGGGUUGUCUUCCCCGGUCUGUUCCGGUUCUCUGACGGAGCAGAAAUGUCUUCGUUCUGGAGCCUGAGGCCGUUUCUGACGUCACUGAUUCAAGCCUCGCCUCACGCCUCUGCCUGGGGGGGGCGCCUCCUCUCCAGGACGAUGGCCACCCUCAACCAGAUGCACCGGCAGGGGAAACCCAAGCCGCCGCCCAAGGCCCUCGGCGCCACGUUCGGCCGGCCGCAGCUGAAAGCCGUGAUCCUGAAGACCAUGAUCCGGAAGCCCAAGAAGCCCAACUCCGCCAACAGGAAGUGCGCCCGGGUGCGUCUGUCCAACGGGAAGGAGGCCGUGGUGUUCAUCCCGGGGGAGGGGCACAACCUGCAGGAGCACAACGUGGUGCUGGUGCAGGGCGGGCGCACGCAGGACCUGCCGGGGGUCAAGCUCACCGUGGUCAGGGGCAAAUAUGACUGUGCCCACGUGGUGAAGAAGAAGCAGUAGAGAGAGAGCGCUCAGGCGCCGCUGUUUAUAAAUGUUUGUGCUCUUUACGUUGCGUCAUCACGCCGACCUGGUCAAAGGUCAAA